CCCUUGUCUGGGCACGAGCCUGAGUAAUUGAGGACAAGGGCCAUUCGGGGUGCUCUUUAUUGCAGACGCUCAUGCUGAAGUGUGUGCCGCCUGACAGGAAGUAACAGAAGAUGGCAAAUCAGAUUAAAGACAAAGAAGCUUUGCAGAGGCUGAACUUCCUUUACCAGGCUGCACAUUGUGUUUUAGCAGCAAACCCGGAGAACGUGGAACUCGCUCGAUUCUACUGUCAUACAGAAAAAACUAUUGGCAAACGUUUAGUGCUAAGACAGGAUCCCUCUAUAAAAAGGACAAUUUGCAAAAGAUGUAGCUCUCUCCUGCUUGCUGGUAUCACGUGUACGGUCAGGCAAAGAAAACGUCGAGGACAACGGCUGACGUUAAUUAGAUGUCUUAGCUGUGGUCUUACUAAACGUUUCCUAAAUAAUCCAAACCACAAGCUGUGGAGCGAGCAGCCAGAGGCACUACUGGAAAACCAGCCCAAACCAGAUCUAAAUCCUGGAUCACAACAAAACUUGCCGAAAGAGAAAGGAUCUUCUGCCAAACCGGAAAAUACCAAUAAGAUGGCCUCCUAAGUGAUUACAGCCCAGGGGUUGUAGUAAUGAUGUGAAUGGCUGAAGGUUAAUCUUAAAGGGGUAUUCUGGUUACAUACACAUAUCCCUUAUCCACAGGAUGGGGGAUAACUAUUAGAUCGGUGGAGGUCCUACUGCUCGGACUCCAUACCCCCUGCAAUGGACGUAGUGGCCUGUCAGGCAUGCGUGCAGCCGCUCCAUUCAUUUCUAUGGGAAUUCUGGAGCUAGCCAAGCGCUGUACUCAUCUAUCUCAAGAUUUCCCAUAGAAAUAAAUGAAGCAGCCACAUGAAUGC